UUUGACGGCGUAAGCUCUGGUGACUGCCCCGCAUACACGAUCGUCGCCGACCACGUGGCGAGGCCAUGGUGGCCGUGGCAGCAGACCAUUUCCAGGUUUAACGACUAACUGCUAUAACAUUGUCACGCGAACAGAGUGGCGGCAGCUCCGGCGGCGCAAUGCUCUCGGGGUAGCGCGAGCAUGAUCCAGCCAUGGAAGCUCUCAAUGGCGUCAAGAAGAGGCAUUUCAGGGUAGAGGGUUUUCAGUGGCCCUUCUCGCGCGUGGCUAUGGAGUGGAGGCCUGGCGCCGGCACCGCCAAGCGCAAGAAGAUCUCCAGCGACAUCAAUGUCGCCACUCCUCCUCCUCCUCCUUUACUUCCUCACCCUUCCUCACUCCUCUCCCUCCGGCAGCUCAAUCACUCACCACCACCGCACGAUCCAAACUUUCUCCGCGCGCUCCAGGCCAAUGCUCUUCGGACAAUGUCGGUGAAUGGGAAGGGCUUCCUAUCGAAUCCUUGGUCGAACAGGGCAGCUUGGUCCAGGGUCCAGAGCACGCUCGGGUCGAAGAAGGAUCAUGGUGGGGAUUUGAUGAACAAGAAGAGGCAGCUGGAGCUGUGGGACUUGGCGGGGUUCUCUCGUGAGAAGUUAAAGCUUCUCAAUGAGAUUGAGGUGCUCAUCGACUUGGAGGAGAAUGCUUUGAACAUGGAAGCUUCUGCUAAGGCCGCGGAAGGACGUCUUCGAAGCUUGCUGGAUAUCUGCGUAUGCUCUCAAUGCCAGGAGAAUAUAAAGAACAGGAUAGCUCUACCGAAAAGUAAAGAGAGAAGGAGAGGCGCUUCGUUCUGGGAAAUGUGAAAGAAGCUAUGGAGCGUGACCGGGUUGCACUUGACAACUUUCUGCAGAAGCAGAGGCUCAAGCAUGAAGCGUCUAAGCAGAAACUUAAACCCGAGAGGCUAUUCGCGACGUAUACGAAUCGUGGCCAGAGCAAGCUGGUGGACUCGAGGAGCUUUGAGCGACGUUGGAACACGAUCGAGGCAUAUCCCGGAAUGAUCAUCAUGGAGGCGCUUGAAAAUUUUUGGAGCUCGUGCCCGAGUGUAACGGACUAAUUUUUCCGAUGCCAGAGAAAGAUUGCAUGUACUGGUGGUUUCUUAAGGUAAAUUAGGGUACGUUCUUUGAAUGCUGCGUGCUGCCAACCAACAAUUGGAAAACUCGAGAAAGUUCUUUAUUGCUAUUCUCCUCG